AAUCGCAAUCGACAAAAAGCUAAAGAUCGCGACAGUAAUGGAGGAUAUGGGAGAGGAAAAACAUGGCGUCAGGUGAGGGCGGUUUUGGCCAAGGCAAAUGCAUCCCAGUAACCACACUUCUCUUCUCGCCGUGCUUCUCCAGCGCACCCCACGCCCUUUAAAUACGCCCCCCUCUUCCUCUCCUGCUCCCCGCUCGCAUAGCAAGCGCAAGCGCCAACACUCUCUCUCCGUUCUCUUGGAGUGGAGGACGGAGCGGAAAGCAGCGACCUUGGCAUCGAUUUCGCUGUCGGAGUGGUGGGUUUUCCCCCAAUCGGAAGCGGAAAGGAGUCACCUGCUGGAACUUUUAGAUUAAGGAUUUAGCAUGCUGAAGAGAAGAUCCAGAUCAGUUGGUGGCAAGCAGGGAUUGAUGAUGUCUGAUUCCAAUUCUCCUCUAUCUCCCUCUGCAAGCAAGACCGUUGCUUCGUCCCAUUUGCUACUCCGGAGCUUCUCUUCCAAGAGAUUUGCAGACAUCGAAGCCGCCAUGAGCCCGACCUCCAUACUCGAAACCAGGCCCUUUUCCUCCUCUGCGAACCUCAUGCAGCCAAAGAAGCCUCCUUUUGAUUCCAUUGAGCCUAUUGGCCUUGGUAUUGUGGAUGCCCUCAACGGGGAGAAGAACUCUCAGCGCCGAAUGGUUGUGUUCGGGCCACAGUUGAAGAUUCAGAUUCCCACCAUUGCCUCCGUGGAGUUUCCGAAUUCCCCGAUCGAGUUCGGGGUCAAGAACAAGGAGUCCCAAUUGGCACUCUUCUCCCCUGCCCGGAUAUCCUCCGGCCAUGAGGUGCCUGCUGUCUCUAGGUCCAUCUCCAUGAGCGAGAUGGAGCUCUCGGAAGACUACACGCGCGUGAUUUCCCACGGGCCAAAUCCGAAAACCACUCACAUCUUCGACAAUUGCAUCCUUGAGCCCUGCAUCAAUGAAUCCAUUGCCACCGCGGCGAAGGAGAACUCUGCAGAUGAAUUUUUGACUUCUUGCUAUGCAUGUAAGCAAGUUCUUGGACCAGGAACAGACAUCUUUAUGUAUAGGUCAGUGUUCUUCAAUCUUUUACUCAGUUUUCGCAUAAAUUGCAUAAUUCCUAAUCCUAUUAUACAAAAAAUAUAUUCUCUUGCGGAGAUUUUUCUUCCAAUGAUCAAAAGAAUUGUUAACCUAACAAUUAAACUCCAAGUAAACUAAACUGUGAGUCCUUGUUCUUAUGUUAUGGUACUGUUAUUAAACAAACUGUUCUUGGUUAAAUUCUGUGAUAAUUCAAUUGAUUCCACUGCUUAGUGAUUGAGACAUAUGAUUCCUUGUCACUUCCACGCCAGGAUUAGACACCACUCUUCUUGUUCAUUGUAAGGUAUUAGGCGAUGCACUUGUAGCUAUUGGGGUCCCCAAUCUCUGUAGAGCUUCUUUUUGGAGAGUGACCUAGACCUACCUCUUGUUCCAUCUUAUCCAAACAUUUUGAUUCAGUGAUGUAUAAAAUUUCUUCCUUUGUGUUUUUGCAUUUGGAUGCAACUUGGGUUGGAGCUUUGUCCUAUUGUCAUACCUCAGUAAUGUUUCUUUCAGAGGCGAGAAAUCAUUCUGCAGCACCAAUUGCCGGCACCGCGAGAUGCUUAUCGACGAAGGUUUGUUCGAGAAUCCCUCGGUAGAUUCAUCGCCGAUGAACUAAACGACGAUUAUGAUCCUGAAGAAGUGCAAAUCCUUAUUUCCGCAAACUUAAAUCUAAAACAGUCUUACUGAGAGCUGCUGGCUCAUUUUUUGCAUCCAUCUGGGUGUGUUUUUUCUGUGUGUAUUUUUGGUUUUAAUGGAGGAAAAUUUUUGAAAAAUA